UCGAUCACGUGGGUGUCAUUCACGGAAACGGACCGAGAGCUUGUCGGCAUCAAAACACUGGCAGGGAAUGCUAUUUCGAUCAUCUCAAAUUUCUCUUAAAAUAACGCGAUGCAAUGAAUAAUGCACGACUGAGGCGUAUUUUCUGAACGAAUUUACGAGAUUUAUGGGAACGACGUCGACUGAAUUGUAUUUCCAAAGUGGGUGUUAAACAGAGCUGACUUUAACCGGUACUUCUGGAUAAAUAUACCGGGAUAUAAAAUAUAUUUAACGGGUCUCUCGUAAUUACACGAGCUGAGCAGGAUCACCAGUCAUGUCGGUGUCUGCUAUCGGGAAACCAGGUGUGCAAAUGACGGACAGGACCAGUUUUCUUGGCGCAAGGAUACCCUCCGACGUAGAAAUCAUGGUAAAACAUCUGAAGAAUUUAGAUAAAGAAUUGUUCAGAAAGAUACUAAAAGCUGUUGUAAACGCACUUGAAGGAAAGGACUGUAGGGAGUCUGUGAGAAUGAUAGCUGAAAGUGGAACACUGACUGAAGAGCAGCUGAGCUACAUCAUUGCGGGAAUGUAUGGGCUUCUCAAAGAAGCCCUGCGCCUUCCUACGUCAUCACUAAAACAAGAGGUAUUUAAAGAAGAUUUAAGGGAACUCAGGAUAUCGGAGGAGUUCAUUACAGACUUUGCCAGUGUGGUUUUUGGGAACAGGCGAUCAGCACUUGAAGCUGCAGCUUCUCAGCAGGGCCCUCAAUUACCAGGCAUUGAGGAUUUUAGGUGGAGAGUGGAUGUGGCCAUUUCAACAAGCUCCUUAGCCCGCGCUUUACAACCCUCCAUUCUGAUGCAGAUGAAGCUAACAGACGGAAGUGCCCAUCGUUUUGAGCUGCCAGUUUCCAAGUUCCAGGAGCUUCGCUACAAUGUUGCACUUAUCCUGAAGGAAAUGAAUGAUCUGGAAAAACGAAGUGUGCUGCAAAUCCAAGACUGACAUCGUUUUGCCAUGGGUCAUCAUUCUGUGGGGUUGCCCCUUUUUUAUAUAUGGUGAAUAAAGCAGGCUAAUUGUGUUUC